AGGGCGGUUAAGCCACCUCCCCUCAUCUCUCUCCGGGACUUGGGGGCUCUUACAAAUACGGUGCGGGACAACCGAACGACAGACCAGUUAAGAACUUGCAAUCCAACCUACCAACAGUCUCCACUUUUGCUUCAGCUCCUUUUCACAUUAUCAAACAUGAAGGUCUUUGCGUUCGUCCUCCUAGUGCUCGGUGUUGCCAUGGUCUCUGCUGCUCCGCAAGACAUUAACUCUGCUAUUCUGGCUGUCAUCAACUCGGCUGUGCCUAACGUUCAGCCUGGUAGCUUCGCUAGGCCGCCUCCAGGCGGAGUGUCUUCUUUUGCUACUGCCCAACAAAACACAAAUCCAUCCGGCCAGACUUUUUUCGCCGCUCAGACGGGCGUAUCUCAAGGAAGACCCGUUCGUAAAUGAAUAUGAGGGACUUAGAGCUAUAAAGAAUCCAUAAACACAGUUAAUCAUGAGCACAUUUACGUGUUUGUUUCGGACGACAAAGAAUAGCUCAAAAGAUUGCAACAACAUUUUGUAAAAAAAAAAUUCAAAUAAACAAGAAUUGAGGACAUUUAAAUGCGAACUCUUUGUUUUCACCUGUUUGUGUCUAUUAAGAAUUACAAUAAACUGUUCUUUCGAUACAA